AUGUUUCCCAAUAGCAUAGUAAGGACCAGGACCGGUCUUUAUCGCUUAUAUUCAACCCUUAAAGCUCAGCACGUGGAAAUCAACGGUGUGAAGUAUACGACAAACCCCAAGAUAUGCAACGUUACAGACUCAAUAAUCAAUCUAACAGAUAAAGCAUUACAUUUAAAGGAAUCACAUCCGGUAGGUAUUCUUCGUGAUUUGAUUGAGAAGAAGUUAAAUUCAAUCGACAAAUCAUUCAAGACCUUUAAUAAUUUCAGACCGGUAGUCACUACUAUGGAAAACUUCGACUCUUUAGGGUUUCCCAAGGAUCAUCCUGGAAGGUCUAAAUCAGACACCUAUUAUAUAAAUGAAACACACCUGUUGAGAACACAUACUUCUGCCCACGAAUUGGAAUGCUUUCAGAGAAUAAAGAAUAAUAUAGAUGGCAGUAAAGCCGGGUUUCUAAUAUCUGCGGAUGUUUAUAGAAGAGAUGAAAUUGACAAAACCCAUUAUCCCGUAUUCCAUCAAAUGGAAGGGGCCACCAUUUGGAAGCGAACGGAGGCCAAAGAUGGCUCAAAGGAACCUACUCAUAUUGUUAAGAUCCGCGAUGAUAUUAAAUCGGUUGAAGAUCAACUGAAGAAGGAAAAUGUUAAGAUAACUGUCAGCGAUGACACUUUACCCUUGAAAGAGGAUAAUCCUAAACAGGAAUACAUGACCGAUUUGGAGGUAGAUUUAUGUUCCCAACAUUUGAAAAGGUCCAUCGAGUUAGUCGUUUCUGAAGUCUUCAACAAAAAAAUCACCAGUAUGGUCGAAAGUAAAUCAAACGAUAUACCUAAACAGUUGAAAGUUCGUUGGAUUAACGCUUAUUUCCCCUGGACUGCACCAUCAUGGGAAAUAGAAGUCUGGUGGCAAGGGGAAUGGCUGGAACUUUGCGGUUGCGGAUUGAUUCGUCAAGACGUGCUACUUAAAGCGGGCUAUAAACCUUCUGAAACCAUUGGAUGGGCCUUUGGUUUGGGCCUGGACCGUAUUGCUAUGCUUCUUUUCGAAAUACCUGACAUUAGACUGCUUUGGACAUCUGAUGAAAGAUUUUUGAAACAAUUUUCCAAAGGUUCGAUUAGCUCUUUCAAACCAUACUCCAAACAUCCAGGCUCAUUUAGGGACGUUGCAUUUUGGUUGCCAAUGGAUAAGCCUGAUGUUCAUCAGGUUCAUGAAAACGAUUUAAUGGAAAUAAUCAGAAAUAUUGCUGGCGAUUUAGUAGAGAGUGUUAAGCUAGUUGAUGAUUUCACUCACCCUAAAACUGGUAGAAAAUCCUUGUGCUAUAGAAUCAACUAUCAAUCGAUGGAUAGAAAUCUAACAAACGCUGAAGUCAACGCUUUACAAGAUACGGUUUGUUCUAAAUUGGUUGAAGAAUAUGGUGUAAGACUAAGGUAA